AUAAAAUCCAUUCGUAAGGACAAAAUUAAGGAUGAACAAGAUAUGGUUCACAUCAGACGGGAGAUUGAGAUCAUGUCAUCCCUCAGCCACCCUCAUAUCAUCACCAUAUAUGAAGUGUUUGAAAAUAAAGAUAAGAUUGUGAUCAUCAUGGAGUAUGCAAGUAAAGGAGAGCUGUAUGAUUACAUCAGUGAGAGGCGGCGAUUGAGCGAAAGAGAGACAAGACACUUCUUUCGACAAAUAGUCUCUGCUGUACAUUACUGCCACAAGAAUGGUGUUGUCCACAGGGACCUAAAAUUGGAAAACAUCCUUCUUGAUGACAAUUUUAAUAUUAAGAUUGCUGACUUUGGACUCUCCAACCUUUAUCACAAAGACAAGUUUCUGCAGACCUUUUGUGGAAGCCCACUGUAUGCUUCCCCUGAAAUAGUUAAUGGACGACCUUACAGAGGCCCAGAGGUUGACAGCUGGGCCCUCGGUGUGUUGCUUUACACUUUGGUUUAUGGAACAAUGCCCUUUGAUGGCUUUGAUCACAAAAAUCUCAUCAGGCAGAUCAGCAGUGGAGAAUAUCGUGAGCCAACACAGACCUCAGAUGCUCGUGGUCUUAUCAGGUGGAUGCUGAUGGUGAACCCUGAACGCCGAGCAACCAUUGAAGACAUUGCCAAUCACUGGUGGGUUAACUGGGGCUACAAGAGUAGUGUUUGUGACUGUGAUGCCAUGAGGGACUCCGAGUCCCCGUUGCUGGCAAGGUUCAUUGAUUGGCAUCACCGAUCUACUGGCCUCCAACCAGAGACUGAUACCAAAAUGAAGUGCCUUUCUAAGCCCAAAGGUCCUGAAGUCACACUAGAGAGACAAAGGUCUCUGAAAAAAUCAAAAAAGGAAAAUGACAUUGUACAGUCCAUCCAGGAAGGAGGAGCUGAAAACGCAUCCAAACCCACCUCCAAGAGACCCAAAGGCAUCCUGAAGAAAAGGAGCAACAGUGAACAUCGAUCUCACAGUGCAGGUUUCAUUGAAGGAGUGGUCAGCCCAGUGUUACCUUCUGCUUUUAAACUGGAGCAAGAGUUGUGUAGGACUGGCGUAGCCAUUAAAAGUGUUGUGGAAGGAGAAGUAGCAGGCAAAUAUGGCACUAAGCAGUCUUCACUAAUGCCAAAAAAAGGAAUCUUAAAGAAGACUCAGCAGAGGGAGUCAGGCUAUUACUCCUCUCCAGAACGAAGUGAAUCUUCUGAACUCUUGGACAAUAAUGAUGAGACAGUAAACAGUGAUACUUCUCCAGGGGUCACAGAGCCAUCCAGAAAUGGCUCAUAUAGCCAUUCCUGCAGGCGUAAGGGCAUCUUGAAACAUAACAGCAAGUAUUCUACCAGCAGCACUGAAUCUGCUUUGAUUAGCCCUGACACACCAACGCUGGAGGCCAUGGAAGAAGUGGUCCUGCCUGGUGAUGCAUUACCUCGAAGUUACAGUCGCCCUUCCAGCGUGAUUAGUGAUGACAGUAUUUUGUCCAGUGACUCCUUCGAUUUGCUGGAUUUGCAAGAGAACAGGCCAAACAGACAGAGGAUACGAAGCUGUGUCUCUGCUGAAAAUUUUCUCCAGAUCCAAGACUUUGAAGGACUUCAGAACUGCCCACGGCCACAGUAUCUAAAACGUUAUCGCAACCGUCUGGGGGACAGCAGUUUUUCCCUUCUCACAGACAUGGAUGAUGUGACUCAGGUCUACAAGAAAGCCCUAGAGAUCUGCAACAAGCUCAACUAG